GAUAUAAUAAUUUUCUAAAUGAUAGAAAAUAAUUUAUUGUUAUAAAAUAAAAUACGUGUAUUAUUAUCAUGGCUGGGCGUGGCAGAGGAAGAGGUAAACCUUCUAUGUCAAUUAGCACAGAACAAUUAGGUUUUACUAAAGGAGAGGCAUUACCACCACCAGUGUUACAACCUCCACCAAAAUAUCCUUCUUUAGAAUACAAACCAAUGCCAUUAAUUAUUAAUACAGAAAUGAGUUAUCUGUUAGAAUUAAAGAGAGAAUAUGCAGAAUAUAUGAGAGAGUCAUCUAACAAUGUUUUACCUCUUGUAAUUAAAAAAGAUAUUGAAAGGUAUUCAGAUCGGUACCAAGAUUUGAUUACAGAUAAAAGUAGUUACGAGACUAGAUACGAUUGGAGCAGAAUACCAACAGAAUUAAAACCUCAGCUAAGAAAACGUAAAGGACAAAAAUUUGAGAAACCAUUGAAAAAGCAAAAAAAUGUUGAUGUUGAGUCAAAGUUGCAAGAAUUAGAAAAAAAAGAGAAUUCACAACAAAGUGAUACAGAAGAAGAGGAAAAGGAAGAAGAAGAAACAGAAGAAAAAGAUGAUGAGCAUGCGGAGGAUGAAGAAGAGGAACUGGAUGAGGAAAUGGAUGAAGGAACCGAUUAUCUUAAUAAUUAUUUCGAUAAUGGAGAAGGUUACGACGAUGAAGACGAUAAUUUAGACGAUGGACCUAUUUAUUAAGAUAUGACUUUUUAUAAGAAUCGGAAAUUACUCUUUGUUUUCAAUUAUUGGAUUAAAAUACUUACAAGUUAUUAUUGAGCACUGUAUGGCAAUAUGUAUAUAUGUAUAUUUUAUCGAAUCACGUGUUUAAAUAAAUCAUUUCAAUCAAAUCGUUUCAUAUUAUAGAUACACUCAUGUGUAUUUCUUAUUUUUUAGUAAUUAUAUUUUCUAAAGAAAUUGAUAACAAAGGAUGGUAUGAUAUAUUGAAAAAAAGGAAAAUAAUUCUUUUAGAACAAUUAAAACAGUCCAAGAUCACAGGAAGCGUCGGCGUGUUCUUUAUUACGAGUAUUUCAAUUUCUAAUAUAUAAUAUAUAUAUUUAUAUAUAUAUAAUAUAUAUAUAGCCAUAAUAAUUUGCAAUUAUUGUAAUAAAUGAUUUUCCUCUACGAUGCAAUCGGAGAGUAAAAACGCAAUUUUGGACGAGAAGGGGAUGCGCAAAAGUACCGUAGUGUUACGUAAUGCUUAACAUUUAUAUGCUCGCCGUGAUAGUAAUUUCUUCUUUAAUAUUUCACAUUAAGUAAUCAUUUUCUUUCCCUUUGGUUUGCUUUCAUUUACAAACAGUGAAUUUUCCUACAAAGAUCAACAUCGGUCCCAAUAUGUGCACAUUGAGUGCGGGAAAGGUAUAUGAGAAAAAAAAAUGUGAUCAUAAAAAUUGAACUCCUGAAAUUUCCAGUCGCACGUUAUCAAGUUUUUGUUAGUUAUUAAUUAUAUAAUUUAAUAUAAAAUAUCGAAAUAUUGUUGCGUUAUUUUCGGAUUCAACACUAGGAAAGUAAUUAAAUUGUUUGCGAUAAAGUGAAGAAAGUUAUAUUGAUAUAUAGAUGUUAUGACUUGGCAGUUAAUCGAAUCAUUUAAAAAUUCGUAAUUCGUAGCUUAAAAUUUCUUUCAAUUUUUUCUU